CGGACCGCCCCGAGCAUGCGCAGGAGGGUGCCGGCGCGGCCGCGGGUCGGAAGCGCCCGCUCUGAGUAGGGGGAGCGGUCGCAGAGGCUGCUCCGCCCCGCCGCCCGCCAGGCCGUUGGCUCCCGCUCCGGGCCCGGGCCGCCGGCUGCAGUCUUCAGGAUGAGUGUCCCUGACUACAUGCAGUGCGCCGAGGACCACCAGACUCUCCUCGUGGUGGUGCAGCCUGUGGGCAUCGUCUCCGAAGAGAACUUCUUCAAGAUCUACAAGAGGAUCUCCUCCGUGAGCCAGGUCAGCGUGCGGGACUCCCAGCGGGUGCUCUGUAUCCGCUACAGGCACCACUACCCGCCCGAGAACAACGAGUGGGGCGACUUCCAGACCCAUCGCAAGGUCGUCGGCCUCAUCACCAUCACGGACUGCUUCUCCGCCAAGGACUGGCCGCAGACUUUCGAGAAGUUCCACGUGCAGAAGGAGAUCUAUGGCUCCACGCUCUACGACUCCCGGCUCUUCGUCUUUGGGCUGCGGGGAGAAAUCGCCGAGCAGCCGCGCACCGACGUGACCUUCUACCCCGACUACGAGGACUGCCAGACGGUGGAGAAGAGGAUUGAGGACUUCGUCGAGUCCCUCUUCAUUGUGCUCGAGUCCAAGCGUCUGGACAGGGCCGCCGACAAGUCCGGGGAUAAGAUCCCCCUUCUCUGCGUCCCGUUUGAGAAGAAGGACUUUGUAGGACUGGACACAGACAGUAGACACUACAAGAAGCGGUGCCAAGGGCGCAUGCGCAAGCAUGUGGGGGAUCUGUGCCUCCAGGCCGGGAUGCUGCAGGACUCCUUCGUGCACUACCACAUGUCCGUGGAGCUCCUCCGCUCCGUGAAUGACUUCCUGUGGCUUGGAGCUGCCCUUGAAGGGCUGUGUUCCGCUUCUGUCAUCUACCACUAUCCUGGCGGGACUGGGGGCAGGACUGGAGCGCGGAGGUUCCAGGGCAGCUCACUUCCUGCGGAAGCAGCCAACAGACACCGGCCAGGGGCACAGGAAGUUCUCAUUGACCCAGGUGCCCUCACGACCAACGGCAUAAAUCCCGACACCAGUUCCGAAAUUGGACGUGCUAAGAACUGUCUUAGUCCCGAGGACAUAAUUGACAAGUAUAAGGAGGCCAUUUCCUAUUACAGCAAGUACAAGAGCGCCGGAGUGGUCGAGUUAGAGGCGUGUGUCAAGGCUGUGCGCGUCCUCGCCAUUCAGAAGCGGAGCAUGGAAGCCUCCGAGUUCCUGCAGAACGCCGUCUACAUUAACCUCCGGCAGCUUUCUGAGGAAGAGAAAAUCCAGCGGUACAGCAUCCUGUCUGAGCUCUACGAGCUGAUCGGCUUCCAUCGGAAGUCUGCGUUCUUUAAGCGCGUGGCCGCUAUGCAGUGCGUGGCCCCAAGCAUCUCGGAGCCGGGCUGGAGGGCCUGCUACAAGCUCCUCCUGGAGACGCUUCCCGGCUACAGCCUGUCGCUGGACCCCAAAGACUUCAGCAAAGGCACGCACCGAGGCUGGGCCGCCGUCCAGAUGCGUCUGCUUCACGAGUUGGUCUACGCGUCCCGAAGAAUGGGGAAUCCCGCUCUUUCUGUCAGGCACUUGUCCUUCCUGUUGCAGACCAUGCUGGACUUCCUGUCGGAUCAAGAAAAGAAAGAUGUGACUCAGAGCCUGGAGAACUACACGUGCAAGUGUCCCGGGACAAUGGAGGUCCUCACGCUGCCCGGCGGCCCUGCCCUGCCUCCGGUGCCCCUCACCAAACUCCCCAUCGUCAGGCAUGUGAAGCUGUUGAACCUUCCUGCCAGCCUCCGGCCACAGAAGAUGAAAAGCCUGUUGGGCCAGAACGUGUCGACCAAGAGCCCGUUCAUCUACUCACCAAUUAUCGCCCACAACCGCGGGGAAGAGCGGAACAAGAAGAUAGAUUUCCAGUGGGUUCAAGGAGACGUGUGUGAAGUCCAGCUGAUGGUGUACAACCCAAUGCCGUUUGAGCUCCGAGUCGAAAACAUGGGGCUCCUGACCAGCGGAGUGGAGUUCGAGUCUCUGCCUGCGGCGCUCUCCCUGCCCGCCGAGUCUGGUCUUUACCCGGUGACUCUUGUUGGGGUCCCACAGACGACCGGAACGAUUACUGUCAACGGUUACCACACCACGGUCUUCGGCGUCUUCAGCGACUGCCUGCUGGAUAACCUCCCCGGGGUGAAGACCAGCGGCUCCGCGGUAGAAGUCAUCCCGGCCCUGCCCAGGCUGCAGAUCAGCACCUCCCUGCCCAGGUCUGCGCACUCCCUGCAGCCUUCUUGUGGUGACGAGACGUCCACCAACGUGUCGGUCCAGCUUUACAACGGGGAGACCCAGCAGCUCGUCAUCCAACUGGAGAACAUCGGGAUGGAGCCGCUGGAGAAACUGGAAGUCACCUCCAAAAUCCUCACCACCAAAGAAAAACUGUACGGCGACUUCUUGAGCUGGAGCCUGGAAGAAACCCUUGCCCAGUUUCCUCUGCAGCCGGGGAAGGUGGCCACUUUUGUGGUCAACAUCAAGGUGAAGCUGGAUUUCUCGUGCCAGGAGAAUCUCCUCCAAGACCUCAGCGACGAUGGAAUCAGCGUGAGUGGCUUUCCGCUCUGCAGUCCCUUCCGACAGGUCGUUAGGCCUCGAGUGGAGAGCAAGUCCGUGAACCCGCCCGAAGGCAGCAAGCCGGGGGACUCGAGCCACGUGAAGACCCUGGAAGCUAUUCUGAAUUUCAAGUACUCUGGAGGGCCGGGCCACGUGGAAGGAUAUUACAGGAACCUCUCCCUGGGGCUGCACGUGGAGGCCGAGCCGUCUGUUUUCUUCACCCGAGUCAGCACUCUGCCGGCAACCAGCUCCCGGCAGUGCCACCUGCUCCUGGACGUCUUCAACUCCACGGAGCACGAGCUGACGGUCAGCGCCCGCGGCAACGAGGAGCUCGUCCUGCACGCCGGCGAAUGCCAGCGAAUGGCCAUUCAAGUGGACAAGUUCAGCUUCGAGAGUUUCCCAGAAUCCCCUGGUGAGAAGGGACAGCUUGCAAAUCCGAAGCCCCUGGAGGAAGAGAGGCCGGAAGCCCGUGGCCUGGAGAUUGACAGCAAGCUGGACGUCCACUGGAGAAUCCCCUCUCUCAAGCGCACAGGGGAGGCGAGCGUGGAAGGCCUCCUGAACCAGCUGGUCCUGGAGCACCUGCAGCUGGCUCCCUUGCAGUGGGCAGGGGAGUUAUGCAACAUGACUUGUGCCGCUCUGUGGAGAAUGAGAAUAGCAGCCAGGAGGCCAGAUGUGCUGGUGGACGGACAGCCCUGUGACUGUGAGGCCGCAGCCUGCCGAGUGGGCGACCCCGUGCGUCUGGAGGUGCGGCUGACCAACCGGAGCCCGCGCAGCGUGGGGCCCUUUGCGCUCACUGUGGCGCCCUUCCAGGACCACCAGAAUGGGGCACGCAACUACGACCUGCACGGCGCCGUCUCCUUCGUGGGCUCUGGCACCCUCCACCUGGACGCGGUGCAGCCCGCGGGCCAGUCGGCCUGCCUGGGAGCCCUCCUCUUCCUCUACACGGGCGACUUCUUCCUCCACAUCCGUUUCCACCAGGACAGCGCAAGCAAGGAGCUGCCGCCCUCCUGGUUCUGCCUGCCCAGCGUGCACGUGCGCGCCCUGGAGGCACCAGCCUGAGCCCCAGGGCAGCCCCAGGGGCCCGGCCUGGCCCCCACCUUCCCGCCAUGCGGCCCCAGCCCUCGAACCCACCCUUCCUCCCCUUUCUCCUGUGAGCACCCCAGACGCGGCAGCCUCACCCCUCCCGGACUGGCCAGCAGGGCCCCCUGCUGCGGCUUGGCACUAACCGGACCCCAGCGGGCAGCACCCACCCAGCCCAGGCCUCCCCAGCCCCGCCCCCCACCCGGUCCCUGGACCUGUCCCUGUGCCCCGGGGAUCGCGGCCCAGCCAGGAGAGAGGAAAGGCAAGCAUAAGGGAGGGCCACGGCCUGGUGGGGCCUGGGAGCCUCCCCUGAGCCCCCCCAGACCUUGGGCUCCCCCACGCACCGUCCCCCCGCCCAGGGCUGGCUCUGCUCCCGAGGGCGCCGAGGCGGCCCCAGCCGGAGGGGCGGUGCUGGUCGAUGCCGGGCGGGUCCACCGUUUCCCCGGCAGGCAGACCUCCGGGCCGCGCCAGCUGCUGCAGGCCCGGGGCUGUUUCUGGGCCAGGCUGGGGUUGCCGGGGGCUGCAUGUGCCCGUGUGUCUGUGACAAGUUCUCCAAUAAAGGGCCCGCCUUGCUUCUCUGCGGUCCGCCCGCG